AUGAAGGGCAACACGUCGCGGCCUCCCCCGAAGACUGUUCAACCAAAGAGCGAAGAAAGCGAAACAACAAAGAUCGAAAGCGAAGGAGGUGGCCAGGAGUCUGCGCCGCAAGAAGAAGAGCAGGACCACGAGGGCGGCGGCGACGACGACGAAGACGAAGCGGCAACGUUCGACCCCGAGGAGGGCUACGAGCAGGAAAAGAACCUGAGGAACCAGUCACGCGCCAACUCGGACGCCGACGCACGCGCAGAAGGCCAACGAGAAGAAGAGGCCGUGGCCAUCACCGAGCCGGACCAUUCGCCCACCAGCAGCCUCGGUCCAGCCCCUCAGCCCGAGCCCGAUCCCGAGCUCUUGGCCGAGCCCGGCGUCGCCGUCGAAGACCAACAGCCAAGCGAAGCCGCGCCCGCGCCCGAGCACCACGCGGCGAUCCCCGAUGUGGUCAUCCACGACUUUGGGCAGCCGGCCGAGCGCCACCACCGCGAGCACAAGGAGGAGGAGGACAAGGCGGCCGUGGCUGCGGCCGCCGGAGCUGCCGUGGGCGUGGUGGCCGCGGCUGCCACGGUGGGCGCCGAUCCAUCAUCAUCGGCGAAGCCGGUCGACAACAACAGCUGUGCAGGGACCGCCGCCGCUGGCGCUGCGGCCGGUGCGACGAAGAAGAAGGGACUGUCGGGCCUGUUGAGCUUCGCCUACUCGCCGCGCAGCUUCAGCGCCGGGUCGGUGGCUGCGACGGCGGCUGGCGGCGGCGGCGCGUCGCCGCGUCGCGAGCUGUCGAGUUCGGCGCCGCAUCCGCCGCUCCUGUCGCCGCGCAUGAUGUUCCUGCCCUCGCCGCCGCCGCCGCUCCACCUGCCCAAGCCCACGCCGCCGCUCGGCUCCACCGUCGGGCACGACCAGGAGCCGCAGGUGGUCUUGGUGCAGAAGUGCUGGCGACGCCGUGUGGCCCGACGCAAGAUCCACGAGCUCGUCAUGCACAGUCGGGCGCGGUUCAAGGUGGCCGAGGAGAUCGCCGUGACCGAGAAGAACUAUGUCGACAUUCUUCACACCAUCAUCGAGGUCUUUAUGGAGCCGCUCGCCAAGCAGCUCCCGGGGUGGAUCGCCGAACAGAGCAAGGCCAAGAAGGUCAAGGGCGCGCCCGAGCCUCUCGAUCCCGCCCUCGUGGAGAUCAUGUUUGGGAACGUGAAAGAGCUGUACAAGAUGCACAAGCCCUUCGCGGAGGCGCUGCAGCACGCCAUCAAGAACUGGUUUCCCUACCGGCGGAUGGGCGUGCUGUUCAUGGACGUCUUGUUGCGCCAGAACGGCUUCCUGGUCGAGUACGGCAAGUACGUGAACGGCUACGGGGCGGCGAUCAAGCACUGGAACCAGGCCAUGCGCCACCCGGCCUUCGCCCGCUUCAUCAAUACGGCGCUUGACAACCCGCGAUGCGCCCACCUCGACUUUUGCUCGCUCAUCAUCAACCCGGUGCAAAGAGUGCCCCGAUACGCGCUGCUCCUGCGAGACAUCCAAAAGCACACGUGGGCGGGCCACGGCGACGAAGAGAGCGUCGCCCACGCCCUCGACAAGAUACACAUCGUCGCCGAGUACGUCAACGAGGCCAAGCGGGCUGCCGAGGGAAUGGAGAGGACGACCUACCUGCAGGACCACAUCGACGACAAGAAGCUCGCGGCGAGCCUGUCGCAGCCGCAGCGCAAGUACAUCAGGGAGGGACCACUCAAGCUCGUCCAUAGAAGUGACUUCAAGGACCGACACGUGGUGCUGUUCAACGACAUCGUCGUCAUCACCGUGAGCAAACCCACCAGCAAGACGUCGCCACGACUACCGCCGUCGGCCCUGCCCACCGACCUGUGCGUCAAGGGCACGAUCGAGCUGAAGCACUCGGUGGAGGCCAAGGCGCUCGACAAGCCCGAGCGAGGCCUGCAGCUGACCGUGCACGGCAAGACCACCAAGUGGCAGGCCGCCACGGUCAAGGACCGCGACGAGUGGCUGCGCGACCUCCAGUCCCUCUCCACUCGACCAUAA